AUGUUUAAACUGGUCCUUGUUGUUGCUCUUUUGGCUUUCUCCACUGCUGCACCAGCACCUGAACCAAAGCCAGUACCAAAAGCUGAUCCAAAAGCACAGUUCUUAGAUGCUCCGUUUGUUGAAGCUCCUGUAGUUGCCUACUCUUCUGCAUACGUCGAUGCACCGCUUGCCUAUUCCAGUUAUGUAGCUCCCGCUGUGUAUCCAUAUUCUGUAUAUUCACCAUACGCCGCUUCGUAUGUGUAUUAUUAA